CUGAACUACCGUGUGUGAGCCUCUGCCGUGACUUUGGGCUGUUAGUGGGUCUUGGGAUCCAAAUCAGGAGUGCUGCUUAUUCAUGCACCUGGUUGGUGCGUGCAUCCCCGUGUGCUGCGAGGCUCGGGUGCUAACGGGCGCUGGUGGAGGUGUUCGUGUGUGUUACUGUAGCUGACAGGACCAGCACAACUGUGUUUUUGCCGGUUCUCCAUUAAUAUAAGCAGUGGUAUGAGUUAGUGUCCUGUGACAGAGCCAAGAUGUCGGAUGACAUCAAGAAGCGGUUUGAAUUCCCUAACACAGUUAUUCAAUCACAGGCAGUGGGCCAUCUGAUUGCUGCAGUAUUGAAAGAAAAUGCUUCUUCAGAUAAGAUCAUGCAGGCCUCUCACCAGACUCCUGCUCUGAACUUACUCUGGGAGAAGUGCUGCAGUGAGAAUGUUGCAUUGAGAACAGCUUGCUCUGAGGGUUUGGUGGCACUUGUUGCAGAGAACCAUGCCGAGCUCAGCUAUGUUCUUCAUGGAGCUGUCAACCUAAUUCCCUCAGCAAGGAACGUGCAUGGUUUAGUAAAAACUAUUUGGAAACUACUGCAAAUUCAAGCUGUACAACUGGGAAGAGAUGGAGAUGAGGCUGUUCAGAAUCUGUAUGGAAUCAGGAACAAUCCUCAUCCAUUAAUUACUGUCCUUGAAAAUAGACCUGACUGCUGGCCAGUUCUACUGCAGCAGAUAACAGUGUUUUUCCAUCAGUGUCCGGAGAGAGCGCAGAGUUCUUGUGUUGCUAUAAUGGCUCCGUUUCUAAGAUACUUGUACUGUGAGCCAUCUCAGUUACGGGAAUAUGCUGAACUGCGAAUGGGCUUGCUUAGGAUUUUACAUCAACCACGUGGUCCAAAGCAUAAAGAAGCACCCUGUGUUCUGGAGCAUCGUAUUCUUCAGCUCCUGUGUGAUUUGAUUCCACACCUUCAGGUUAAAGACUUGCCACAAGUUACAGAAGCCUUGUUUUUUCUUCAAGAGCUAUUCCUCAGCCUGUUGCGCUUUCCUGUGUUUUGGAAAGUUCAAUUAUCCCAAUUUUGUCUGCAACUGAUAUGCUUCUGUGAAGUGUGUUUAAAUGUAACAGGAGAAUGUUCAUCUCUGAUCUCCUUAAUGGAGGACAACUUUGAGCUCGUACAAGAGGUGUUUCCAGUGGAUCAGUGUGUAAUUGGACUAGCACUUCUUCUGCUGCAAACACCAGAAAGUCAGCAGAAGUCUAUCUUGAGUCUAGCCUACAAGCUCCUUUCCUCUUCAGAAAACGUUUCACCCACGGCCCUUGUUUUGGUGAUGCCUCUGCUACAAAUCGUAUCUUCUUCAUCAGUUGGAGACUGCUUACAGGAGGAUGAUUCUGGAACUACUAGGCAGCAACUGGCUACAGAUCUUUUGGAAAUAUUAAAGGAGGAAAAUGGGAGGAAUAAAAAGGAAUUGACAUCCUGUAAACUCCUGUUCCCGAUAACCAGCUCUUAUUGUUCACUGUACACUACUUGGAAGAUUUUAGAGCUCAUGAAAGAAAAGUAUGCAGUUACUGACUGGUUAUCUUCAGUGAGGUCACUGCUGCCUGUUACAACUCAAGUCCCUACCCAUAUUUUUCUUCUGCUGGCUUAUCUACUGAUCCAAGAAAAGGGAGACAGUCUUCGUGAUGUACUGCAGACUGCUAUGGAGGUAGCCAAAGCUGACUGUUCUCAGGUCCCAAGUCUUAUCCCAGUUCUGAUAUUCAUACUGGGAAGACCUUUGGAGCCUGCACUUUACAGGGAUAUAUUGUAUACUUUGCCUUCACUUGGUGUACACAAGGUUUGUGUACCUCAGAUUUUACGAACCAUACACAUGCUGGGGAGCACACCGAAGCUUAGAGCUAUUACUUUGCGUCUGAUGACAUCUCUGUGGGAAAGACAGGAUCGAAUUUACCCAGAAUUACAGAAGUUCUUGGCAACAUCUGAUGUACCUUCUUUGUCUGUUGACAAGGAUGCUCAGUGGGAAAAAGUGAUUGCUAAAGCUGCCUGUAUAAGGGAUAUCUGUAAACAGAGGCCAUACCAGCAUGGAGCAGAUAUGUUGGCUGCUAUUUCCCAGGUGUUGAAUGAAUGCACAAAACCUGAUCAAGCUUCACCUGCUGCUAUUGUCUUACAGGGUCUUCAGGCACUUUGUGAGGCUGAGGUUGUUUGUAUUAAUUCUACAUGGAAUGCUCUGUCACCAAAGCUGAGUUGUGAUACAAGACCCCUUAUUUUAAAAGCACUGAAUGAACUGUUUUCUCUGGUUCCCUCAUUAACAGUGAAUACAAAUGAGUAUGAGAAAUUUAAAGCUCAAGUUCUCAGCUUCCUGUGGAAAAACACACAAAACAAGGAUGCUAUUGUAGCUGUUUCAGCCUACAAAUCACUCUCAGCAUUUGGCUCUGAUGAACAUACAAUUCUUCAUCUUCCUGAACAGGCACGAGAAGAAAUUAUCUCACCGGAGGAGACAGACAUGAAUGAAGACGAGGAAGAGAAGGAGGUGAAUCUUUUUGUUCCAGGUUCUUCGUAUAUCAAGCUGCUGUCUCUAACACCGGAUUCUGUAUUAGGAGCAUUUGAAGAAUUUGCAACAUCGCUAGUGAAACAGGAGAUGACCAACAUGCCCCGAGGUGUGUAUCAUUCUGCCUUGAGAGGAGGGGCCACACGCACCGACCAGGGGAAGACCGUUGCAGGUGUUCCAAAUUUCUUGCUGAAAAUGUAUGAGAGGAACAAACAACCAGGAAUGACACCUGGCCUUGCAGCCGGCAUGUUGUUGUGUUAUGACCUUCCAGUCCAUAUGGGCAGAGAUGGAAAGCCUAUUAAUCGCUUUCUGGCUAGCAGGGGACGCAAUUUCCAGCAAAUGUUGGUAGCCCUCAUUCACGAGGUUAACAUUCAGCCUUCUGAAUGGCACCGCUCUGUACUGUUGCCGCAGUCUUGGUUGGGAUUUAUGAGUCGAACCUAUGGUGCAGUCCUACAGGGAAGACAAGCAGAGCUUGAGAUGCAGUUAAAACAUGGAAAAGAGGACCCUGAAGAUGUGCAAUACAAGCAGUUUACAGCAUGGCUCUGGGUUAGAGAUAUGUUGACAGAUGUCAUCAAGGGUGCUUCAAAGGAAAGCCCAGUGGUGAAAGGAAACUCUAUUUUAGCCUUGACUGGUCUUGCAGCUGCUGUAGCCAAAUAUGAAAGCAGCCUUUCCUCAGACACUGAAGGCAUGCCUGAGACUGUACCAGAUUUUCUUCCUAUGCAGCAAUGGAUUUAUAUGGUUAUAGAGACUCUCUUCAGUAUCAUAAAUAGCCGUUAUCGCCCUAAAGGACAAGUCUUCCCAUGGUUCUACCAGAAAUCCUAUUCUGGUGAAAAUACGGCUAGUGCUAUAGCUCGUUGCUGUGCAGCCACUGCUUUGUCUCUUCUGGUGCCAGCUAUCGUUGUAUCAUGCAAGGAGAAGGUCGAGGAAGUACUGAAUAUGCUGACUGCCAUGUUACCUGGGAAACCAAAUGCUGAUGAGUCUCAAGCUGUUCAAAUCCACGUGGGUCUUGCUUUGGGGAUGUUUAUCUCACGUUUGUGUGAAGAAAAAGUCAGUGAGUUACCUGGUCAACAGAUGAACUUAGUUCUAAUGAAGUCCCUAGACACGCUAGAGGACUGUUGUUUUGAUUCCACUCUGGAGUACAACAUUGGAUGUAUUUUAGGAGUGGGACUUGUUCUUUCAUUUCUGAGUCACAGUAGCCAAACAGAAUCACGAGUACACGUUUCUGCUUCACUGCGAAAACUAUGCACAUACCUGGACAGCAGUGAGGAUCAAAGCAGAUGGGUACAGGAGGUACUUGCCUAUUCUGUUGCCUGCUCCUGUGUCUCUGCUUUCAGUGUUGGAAUCAUAGAAGCAGCAGAGGCUGAAGAGGCCAUGAACAAGUUGCGGAUCUUAGUGGAAAAAAAUCUGCAGACAUCUGGUUUUGCUUUAGCUCUCGGUACAGUUGUUCACGGUUUGUCCGUUUGUGGUCAUGGCAAAGCUGAAGACUUGAGUAACAAACUAAUGCCAGCCUGGAUAAAAGUUGUGAUCGCAGAGGGUUCUCCAACAAUGCAGCGUCUGGCUGCUGUCAAUGGGCUGGUUGCGCUAGUGGGUUCUGAAGGAGGCGUGAUACAGCUAAAAUCUGAAAGCAUCCAGACAUCCCAGUUUCAAAGUAAGCUCAAUGAAGUCAUCAGAACCCUUACACAGAUAAUCAGUUUUUCGGGGCAGAUUGGCCUUCAGACAAAUGCAGCAGGACUUCUUGGACACCUUCAUAUGUCCUGUUUGUCUUCUACGCAAAGCAGGACAUCUGUUCCUCCAGAUUUUAGCUACUUGCCUGAAAGCAGCUUUAUCAGGGCAGCCAUCGACUUUGCCAUUGAAAGUGGAAAAAAAGGCCCUGAAUCUGUUCCAACUCAGCUGGUGAAAGUUGCACUGGCACCUAUUGCUGUAGUUGGAGAGAGUCAUCAGUAUCCACCUGUAAACUGGGCAUCUGUUCUUUCUCCUUUGAUGAGGCUAAACUUUGGUGAUGAGAUAAAAUAUCUCUGCCUUGAACUGGCUGCAACACAAGCCCAAUCAUCUCAAAAUGCUGCAGUGCUUUUGGGGAUGUGGGUGGCUCCUCCUCUUGUUUAUAGUCUCAGUAUGAAAGCACAGAAAUACCUUUUGAUGUCCCUGUCCCUGUGGAUGAAACAUGUUGCAGAAGACAAGCUACAGGCUUUUACAGAAGUGUUUCUGAUACAGCAAUUUGAAGUGAACCGCACAAAAAACCCAGAAAUUUGCCAGUGUGUUUUACAGGGACUCAUGCAGGCAAUGAAAAUUCCAAACCCUGUCCAGUACUGCUGGGGCUUUUUGUGCCAGGCUACUGAGAAAAUAUUUGAGCUUCUACCAAACGAAAUUCAGAGAAGUGAACUGGAGAUGUAUGUCAGUGUAGCAAAAUGUAUUUCAGAAAUGGCUGAUUCAGAGAUUGAUCGCAUUGUCCAAAUCUCUAAGAGCAAUGUGGAGAAGGCCAUCUUCACCAAAGUGUAUUUGAUUUCUCAAGGCAGACUGCCUUUGAAGAACUUGAGUGCUGUGAUUGAUACUUCAAUAGGUUAUUACCAGAAAGAGUCUAUAGUAUGGAUGUUCUUGCAUAGUUUCUAUCACUCCCGUAUUGUGAGCCAUGAAAACACCGGAGUGAUGAAAAGGAUGGACUGGCUGCUGGACUUGAUGGGCUACAUUGGAAAUUUAGCGUACAAAUCAGCGCCUGUACAAAAUGUUGAUCGUAAAGAGGUUAUAGAUUUUCUACUGUGGCUGUUUGCAGGUUUGGUGGUGUCCUGGGCUGACCAUAGUGCACCAUUACUGCUUGGCCUCAGUGCCAACUGGUCACCAUGGAAGCACCCAACAGUAUUACCAGAAUUGUCAGAGGAUCGAGUUGGCAAGCACCCCACUGACAAGCUUGCUGUGCAGGAAACGCUCACGCUUCUUCCCAGUAGCAUUUCCCUUUUGCUAGCUAAAGAGCCUUGGAAAGAGCAAACACAAAAGUUUAUUGACUGGCUUAUCAGCAUGUUGGAAAGUCCUAAGGAAGCAUUAUCAAAAUCUUCUACAGACCUGCUGAAAGUUACACUUCUGGCCUUGAAAUCGCUUGCAGAGUUCAAGAAGAAAGCCGUGUGGACUAAAGCUUAUGGCUGGUAGCUGCAUGCAGCGCAUUACCUCGUGAAGAAAACUGAAAGCAUAAAGUUACAAUUCGGGCAUCAAGGAAGACAAAUUCCAAAAAUGUUUCCUGUCAGAAGUUUCUCAGUUCCUUCCCUCCUCUCCCAAAGACUCACAUGAUGAAAAAAAAAAAAAAAAAAAAAAAAAAGUAUAUUUUUCACUAGUGGAGUCAUUCUCCUACAGACUGUCUGGCAUGGUUUGAGCUGUGCUGGAUCUGAAUGAGAAAUAUGCUGUUUCAGUUAAGCUGUUUCAGUGACAGCUUGGAGCAUCAGAGACUGGAGUGGUGUGUGUUCCGAGCUUUGUGGAGCAAAUGGGAAAGAAAUAAAACAUUACAAGAAUUGUUUGGAUGUGGCCUAUAUGCUGAAGUGUGUUUUAAAGCCUUGAAUGAGUACUAGUUUUCAGCUGAUAACACUUCAUACUAAUAAUAAGAUGCCCUUGUGCAGCAGUGGCACCACAGCAGAGGUACAUAGGAUACAGCUCCUGAAGGGGUGUAACGUGUGCCAGUUUUGCAACAGCUUUAUUGAGACUGUUUAAGUAAGUCAGUGUCUGCAAGGACAUGGGGAGCCCCCGGCUCCAGGAUUGUUGCAGUUUUCCGUCCACUAAAAGUUGUUCUUGUGUCCUUUGCACAAUUUUGUAUGUGAGAAGAGCUUUACCUCUGCAGUCUGGGGGAGAGAGGACUUAAAGGACAAAAGCUGUGUUUAGCAAUUGUCCUCACUAAACAAAAGUUAACUGACAA